CGCGCGCUAACAUCAUCAUCUCACCCCAGAGGUUUUUGUACAUUGGGAGGCUUUCGAAGGACCACGCCAUCGGCUCCAGGAGCCACAAAGUACCAACGUCCCUUCGUCCUCGUCCUCGUCCGUACGUCACACUACUCAUCGCAUUAUUAAGCGCUGCCGUGAUAAGUCGUGACGUGUGUCUUUACUUACAUGUUCUACCGUAUAAUAUAAUACUCUGCGUACAUGCAUUAGUCUGCUAGCAACGUACGUGUGAAGAGAGAUAUCUCAUUGUGGUCGUGGUGUGAUCAUUGUGUUUUUAUUAUUUUUUUUUUAUACUCAACUCUCGUUUUUUUUUAGCAAGUUGAUAAAUUUAUUUUUAUACUUUUUUGUGGAGAAAUCGAGGCAUACAGAGUACACGGACUGGAUUUAUUACAAGCGACACCCCGCAUUGACGGGGGAUUUUGGUGAUGUACGACAGCGCUAGCUGUUCGUACUCGGGGGCGCUGGACUUGAAGGGUGCCUCAGGAACGACGGGUUCAACAGCCACUGGAGUGAGUGUCUCAUCACCAGGAGUAAAACAGGAAAAUUGGCCGUACCGAGGACUCGCGUGUGGCAGUACCUUCCAGCAGCUGAAGCAGAGCGUCGAGAAAGCAAAACAAGCACUCGCCGACCGCGGCGGUUAUCUAGCUGGAGCUUUUUCUCCGCCUCCACGUGUCAACCCCUCGACCAUCUCGCCGACUGCUGCCAUCACUGAUGCAAGCAGUUCCUACAAAGGUGGCUGGAGCCACGCCACUUCACCGGGUCCCGGGCAGGGCUAUGGAAGUGGAUUGUCCAAAUCUGCUCUUGACACACAUUCACAUCUACGACAACCUGAUCCAUAUCAAAUGUUCGGCGCGACCAGCAGCAGACUCGCGUCCUCGGGCUCCGGACAAAUCCAGCUCUGGCAAUUCCUUCUAGAGCUUCUGUCAGACUCGAGCAACGCAGCCUGCAUCACCUGGGAAGGCACCAACGGGGAGUUCAAGCUCACAGAUCCCGACGAGGUCGCGAGACGUUGGGGGGAGCGCAAGUCCAAGCCUAAUAUGAACUACGACAAAUUAUCUCGAGCACUCAGGUACUACUACGACAAAAACAUAAUGACAAAGGUGCACGGCAAGAGGUACGCCUACAAAUUCGACUUCCAGGGACUCGCGGCAGCCACGCAGCCCGCGGCUGCCGACCCCGCGGCGUACAAGUAUCAGAGUGAGCUGUUCAUGUCGGGGUACGGGCACGCGAAGCUGAAUCUGAUGCCGCCACCAGCAGCCUCGGUGUCGGUCUCGGUCCCUGGUGGCCUUUUCCAGUCGGCCUCCAGCUACUGGAGCAGCCCCAGCGCAAAUCUGUACGCGGGGCACCACACUGCGUCGGGGCACGUGCCUCCGCAUCUCGGCACUUACCCUCAUUACGCAUGACCCACCCCUGAGCACUGGGGGGCACUCGGUACGCCGCGUUGAGGCUCAAGUCUCAAUAAUGACUUUUUAAAUUUUUAAAUUAUAUAUAUUUUCAUUUUUUUCGGUUUUAUAUAAAUAUAAUAAUAGCUUAGGGUUUUUUGGUGUUUGUACUUUUAAUGAUUUUUUUGAGAAAUUUCAUUUUACUUCGAAUUAGGCUUGAAAAAAUUAUGGAAUUUUUUUCAGUAUUAAAAAAAAUUUUAUG